CUGGUGCUGCUCCUGCUGCUGCUGCUGGUACUGCUAUUACUAUUACUGCUGCUACCAAGAGUAUACUUUUGUCGCUGCUGCAGCAAACACUACCACCACCAUGAGUCUUACAAUGGCCUCCAGAUCAAGCCUGGCGCUGACCGUGGCCCUCGCCGUGGCCGUGGCCCUCUCCAUGCCCCUCAUGGUCUUUGCCGCGCCCGCCGGGCCCGCCGCCCCCCAGCCCGUCAUCGCCAACGGCAGCAGCGUGGCCGUGGCCCCCCUGGCCGAGGCGUUCCUCUUUUGCUGGGUGGACGCCGCCGCCGCCGUGCAGGAGGUGGAGUGGCGGGACGCCGCCGACAAGCCGCUGCCGUCGUGGACGCCCGGCGCCGACGCCUUCCAGCUGGGCCGCGGCCGACACCUGCCUCACGCCUACCUGGUGCUGGCCGACUUCCGGCAGGACCUGGCGGGCGUGUACACCUGUGUGGCGCGCAGCGAGGCGGGGGUGGAGGGGCGCGCCAGCGUGGCCGUCAGCCUGGACGACGCGGCGCCCUGGGCACGGCGUUGACCUCAGCACCGCGUCAGCGUGGCCGUCAGCCUGGACGACGCGGCGCCCUGGGCACGGCGCUGACCUCAGCACCGCCUCCGUCAUGUCCCCUCACCACCAUCACCAUCACCACCACCUCCACCACCACCAUCACCACCACCACCACCACCACCACCACCACCACCACCCUCCUCCGUCUUCCCUCCCGAAGUCACUGAUAUUACUUGUUUAAUAUUUAUAUUAUUUAUUGUUUAUUUAUUGACGUUUUCUAAUACACUGUACGAAGUAAUUAUCGAGUUUUAUCUAUU